AUGGCUCCCGCGCAGGCUUUUAUAACCAGCUAUGCUCCGCGAAUUCGUCAAUACGCCAACACUUUGCUCCAACCUGUCCUCCAAACCCAGAAUGUCGUGCCGGGCAGUCGUACGACCAAAAGAGGAACAACCAUAAUCAAUUACGCCGACGAUGCAUACGACGAAGAUGACUUUGACGAUAGCGAAGGUCCGAGGCGACCAACAGGUCUUCGAUCACUGCGGCGGGAGGAGCUCGAGAAGAAGGAGCCGCAACAUGGAAAGGUCGGCAAGGAGAUACAUGAACCCGUAGAUUUACAACCCAUCUACAGAGACUGGAUCAUCAGGCGGACCGCAAGACCCACAACCGAUUCGCAGGCCCAUGUUCAGGCGCAACUCCCUCUCACUCUCAUACCUAUCCGAAUAGACUUGGAUGUUCCUCCCCACCAGCCAGAAGCACCAUUUCCGUUGCCUCGAACUGGGAUGGAGGUGGGCAUCAACCCCUCCCUCCCAAUGUUUAAGAGACCGGAGAUGGCCCCGGGGUACAAGAUUCGUGAUAUAUUCCUGUGGAAUCUUCACGAGGAAUUGCUAACUCCCGAUGACUUUGCCAUCAACUUUGUCCGAGAACUCGACCUACCAAACCAGACCGCGCUUGCUAUGAAUAUCAGCCAGCAAAUUCGCACCCAGUUAGAAGACUACGCCGGUGUGGCCAUGCAUCCACUGUUUCAUACGCAACCGAAGCGUACCCAGAUCGCGGACGCUAACAUUGCGCCGACACCCUUGGCCACGGCUAAUGGAAGUUCACGAGAUGGGACGCCCCGGCCACUACUAGGAGCGUCGAUAUCUCGGCCAGCAUCAACGACACCAGGAACACCCACACCAUCCACACCCCGACCAAUAUCGUUGAGUAAUGGUGCUACCGUCACAGCGGCUGCUUCACCCUUUCCACCGGAGCAACAGUUGGGACAUAGUGACGAAUCUGCGGAGGAUCCAUAUCUGAACCCUGACGACACCUACCGUUGCGUCAUCACGUUAUCCAUCUAUCUUUCAUCCAAACUCUACCAAGACAAAUUUGAAUGGUCAUUGCUACAUCCACCUGGCGCCGCCGAAGCAUUUGCGAAGCAGACAUGUGCAGACAUGGGGCUGGGUGGAGAAUGGGUCAUGGCUAUCACCCAUGCCAUCUACGAGGCUGUGUUGCGAUUGAAGAAGGAGGCUUGUGAAGGCGGAAUGGUCAUGAUAGGCGGCGGUGCUUGGGGUAGCGGCGAAAUCGACAACCAAGCAGUCCGCACAGAAGAGGGAGCUGGUUGGAGGUACGACGUGGACGAUUUUGGGGCUGAAUGGGAACCGAAAUUCGAAGCUCUAAGCAAAGAAGAGAUUGAAAAAAGAGAAGGUGAUCGAGAACGGCAGCUCAGAAGACUACGGAGAGAAACCGCGAGGUUCAGUUCUACGGCCGGGAUGGUACCUACCACUCGAGAGCAGGAGGCCCAACAACGCGGCAGUUACUUCGACUACAUUUCCGUUGGAGCGAACGGCGAUGAGACACCACUGAUGGGGCGCGGAGAAAGAAACAGAAAGAAACGAAGGUUCCGAUCAAUCAGUCCUGUGUCCAAAGCUCAAACCCCGGAAGGCGGCACUUCCGCCGGUGCUGGCUGGGGAGGGGAAGGCAACCGGCUCCAGGAAUAUGAGAGGCAGAACUGGAGAUGCAAGCAUUGCCUGAUACCCGGCAAUGCCGUGUGGGCCGUUCGAGACGGUCCUUUUGGACCAAGAACUUUGUGCAACAAUUGUGGUUUGAUCUACGAACGAGACAAGAAGCUUCCAGUCUGGUCGCAAGGCCUACACAGACAGACUAUCCCACUUGGCAGAUAG